CGUGGGGCCGCGCUCCGGCGAGCUGCACGGGGCUGCGUGGAAGGAGCGCCGCAUAGUGCCGCUGCCGCCGCCUCGUCAGGAAAAAGCGGAAUCCCAGUCAGAAGUUCCAGCCUGCCGCUGUUCUCUGAUGCCAUGCCAGCACCAACUCAACUGUUUUUUCCUCUCAUCCGUAAUUGUGAACUGAGCAGAAUCUAUGGCACUGUGUGUUACUGCCACCACAAACAUCUCUGCUGUUCAUCACCCUACUUUCCUCAGAGUCGCCUGAGAUAUACACCCCAUCCGGCGUAUGCUACCUUUUGUAGGCCAAAGGAGAACUGGUGGCAAUACACCCAAGGAAGAAGAUAUGCUUCCACACCGCAGAAAUUUUACCUCACACCUCCGCAAGUCAACAGCAUCCUUAAAGCUAAUGAAUACAGUUUCAAAGUGCCAGAAUUUGAUGGAAAAAAUGUCAGUUCUGUCCUUGGGUUUGACAGCAAUCAGCUGCCUGCAAAUGCACCCAUCGAGGAUCGGAGAAGUGCAGCAACCUGUUUGCAGACCAGAGGGAUGCUUUUGGGGGUUUUUGAUGGCCAUGCAGGCUGUGCUUGUUCCCAAGCUGUCAGUGAAAGACUCUUUUAUUAUAUUGCUGUCUCUUUGUUACCCCAUGAGACUUUGCUAGAGAUUGAAAAUGCAGUGGAGAGUGGUCGGGCACUGCUACCCAUCCUCCAGUGGCACAAGCACCCCAAUGAUUACUUCAGUAAGGAAGCAUCCAAGUUGUACUUCAACAGCUUGAGGACUUACUGGCAAGAACUUAUAGAUCUCAACACGGGCGAAUCAACUGAUAUUGAUGUUAAGGAGGCUUUAAUUAAUGCUUUCAAGAGGCUUGAUAAUGACAUAUCUUUGGAGGCUCAAGUUGGUGAUCCUAAUUCUUUUCUCAACUACCUGGUGCUUCGAGUGGCAUUUUCUGGGGCCACUGCUUGUGUGGCCCAUGUGGAUGGUGUUGACCUUCAUGUGGCCAAUACUGGUGAUAGCCGAGCCAUGCUGGGUGUGCAGGAAGAAGACGGCUCUUGGUCAGCAGUCACGCUGUCUAAUGACCACAAUGCUCAGAAUGAAAGAGAACUAGAACGGCUGAAAUUGGAACACCCAAAGAAUGAGGCCAAGAGUGUGGUGAAACAGGAUCGGCUGCUUGGCUUGCUCAUGCCAUUUAGGGCUUUUGGAGAUGUAAAGUUCAAAUGGAGCAUUGACCUUCAAAAGAGAGUGAUAGAAUCUGGCCCAGACCAGUUGAAUGACAACGAGUAUACCAAGUUUAUCCCUCCUAAUUAUUACACACCUCCUUAUCUCACUGCUGAGCCAGAGGUGACUUACCACCGAUUAAGGCCACAGGAUAAGUUUCUGGUAUUGGCUACUGAUGGGUUGUGGGAGACUAUGCAUAGGCAGGAUGUGGUUAGGAUUGUGGGUGAGUACCUAACUGGCAUGCAUCACCAACAGCCAAUAGCUGUUGGUGGCUACAAGGUGACUCUGGGACAGAUGCAUGGCCUUUUAACAGAAAGGAGAACCAAAAUGUCCUCAGUAUUUGAGGAUCAGAAUGCAGCAACCCAUCUCAUCCGCCAUGCUGUGGGCAACAAUGAGUUUGGGACAGUUGAUCAUGAGCGCCUCUCCAAAAUGCUUAGUCUUCCUGAAGAGCUUGCUCGGAUGUAUAGAGACGACAUUACAAUCAUUGUAGUUCAGUUCAAUUCACAUGUUGUAGGGGCAUAUCAAAACCAGGAAUAGUGAGUGGAUCUUAUCCUGGCAAUUCUCACAUGAAAUAAAUUUAAAGGGCAAAUAAAUAUUUUCAAAAGAUACUAAUAUAAUAAACAUUUCCAGUGGGUCAUUCUAAGCAUUUACCCAUUUGAUUGAUACUCUCGCUAGUCAAGUACUCCAGAUUUGCACCAGGGUGGCAGGAUCAUGAGAGUCUGGUUCUGCCUAGGUUAGACCUCACAGCACCUGCACUUUUGAAGCAAGUCAAUUCCUCAUCAUAGGUGUCUUGAGAUAUUGGCUUCUUUUACCAACCUGAGAAAAUCAGGAUGACCUGGCAAAUAGGAUCUUGAAUAGGCCAAAAGCAAGGAUCUUUCUGGGUGUAGUCUCUUGGAAAAAGGGAAGAAACAAUAUUCUUCACACCUACAGACCCCUUUCUUCGCUAAGAUUCUGAUGUACAUGAGAACGUAUAUUUAUUGCAUGAUUUUCUAGGUAUACAAUCUAUGCAUUAUUCAUAUAAAUUUAUUUUACCCUGAAAUGGUUUUCAGAUCCAGUACUUUAAGCCAUAAAUGACCAAGAACCAAGCAAUCUCAAUUUGUAAGUUUUUGUGAUUAUUUGACUGGAAUGCUUCUUAAAUGGAAGAACUAUGCUCCCUACCCCACCCCUGGUUUCCUGAUGUAAUUGAAACAUUUUCUAUUUUGCCACACACUUGAAGACAAUAAAGGUUUUUAGUUUUAUCUACUCUUAUAUUGAUGUUAAAUAAA